GUUCGCAAUCCGUUUCGCUUCAGUUUGACUCUACGAAUCCAAUAGACACAGAACGUUUUUGUUAUACGUUAUUAUGCUUUUUUAAUAUGGAUUGUCGUAAAUUUUCGUGUAAAAAGUGACAGUUUGAAGUGGAAUUCGCGCAAAUAAAUAUUAUAAAUUGUGUUUAUUUAAUUUAAAGUCAAAGUAUGUGUGUUUAUGCCACCUGAUAACUGCUACAAUUGGAAAUCAUUAUUAACAACAACAACAACAGUGUCGUUGCCAUCAUUAACUGGUGAUUUAAGUGAAAAGCGGAGCGAUGUUAUCACCGAAACAGUUCAGCUAAACUCAAAAAUACAGACACACAUACAUGUAUACUAUAUAUGGAAACAAAUGUAAAUAAAAACAAAGACAUAGCGAUAAAGUGAUAACAAUAAUAUUUUGCCACAAAAACAAUAAAAAUAAAAAAUAAUAAUAGUAAAAAUUCACACGCACUUGAAGGUGUUAAGUUAAUAAACUCUUAUGGAUUUAUCGUAAAAUAUACAGUUAAUAGUUUUGUAUAAUAGUUUUUUUGGAAUUCAAUCGCAAUACUAGUAUGACAAAUGAGUGGAUCGAUUUGGCGGAUCGGCGUUUGCGUGCGCCGCUACGUGCUGGCUAUAAUCAUCAUCAAUUGUUGCUCAACAACAAUUACACCGGUGCAUACUCAAGUAAAUUCCAUUUGCGCGCGCAUAAGUUACAACAAUUGCACACCAUUGGUGCGAAGUUAAAAGAUGUGCCAUCACAAAUUCCACCACUCACACCCGGCACCAAUCGAAAGGUAGCCGAAGUGUUAAAGGCCUCUUUCGCUUCAUGGGAGAAGGAGGUGCAGAACUGUAAUAUAACCAAAGAUCCCCGCGAAUGGAAGGAGGAGCAUGUCAUCUAUUGGCUCAACUGGGCAAGCAAAGAAUUCUCACUGGUCUCAAUGAAUUUGGAGCCUUUUAUUAAAAUGAAAGGACGUGAUAUGAUUGAAUUAGGCAAAGAUAAGUUUCUAGCAAUAACGCCACCAUUUACGGGCGAUAUUUUGUGGGAACACUUAGAUAUACUGCAGAAGGAUUGUGAAAAAUACGGCAAUGAUGAUGUUGUUAAUGCGCAACAGCAACAACAACAACAGAACGCGUUUGAGGCGUCAACAACAGCGUCGCAUUGUGGCUCUGAUCAUCAAGUCGGCAAUUAUUUAGGUAGUAACAGCAAUAAUAAUAACAAUAACAACAACAAUAACAACAGUCACAGAUUAACAUCCGAUUAUACAACACCACCGGCCAGUGAGAAAAGUAGCUUUCAUUCACCCUCGGUGCAUCACAGUGGCUACAGCAGUAAUCCGCAUGAUCACAGCAAUAAUAGCCCCCCGCAAACGCAACAACAAACGCAUGCUAACAACAAUGGAUCGCUGAUUUCGCAUGCGCAGCACAGCAGCAGCAACAACAGUCCAACAAAGCAAUCCCGCCGCGAACAGCAAUCGUCCGCCGUCAACGCCAACCAGUCGGCCGGUCAGACGCCCAAUCACAACAACAACAACAGUGCCAAUAUGAAUUACAUGCAUGUGGCGUUACGAAACUCUGCUGCCGCGGCGCACUCUAAGCCAACAUCAGAUGAAGAGGAACCUGGCACACAGAACACCUCUUAUUCAAGUCUCGGCAGUGGCAGUAAUGGUCAAACUGAUCCGGCUGAUCUCGUUUCGUCCGUUUACGGUUUGCCACCUCACCUCGCUGGUGCUGCCGCUGCGGCAGCUGUUGCUGCAGCCACCGGUGUACACUACGAUAAUGAUUAUCAGCACGUCUCAUCGCAAGAGCAUCAGAGUUAUCAGGACAGCGCCGAUUUCUAUGGGCUAGCGAAUAAUGCAAAAUACAAUGCCUACGGACGCUCACCAUUCCCGACCUAUGGAUCGGAGUAUGGUUCUUACGAUCCAACGCGAUUCUCGUCAAUGAGUGCGUCGCCGGCAGAUCAGGGGCUACAUCAUGCUGGGCAACAUUCAGCCGCGUAUAUGAAUACGAUGAGCUUGGAGAAGGCGCUUAUGGGCGCAUAUCCCGUAGGUGGCGUGCCGUGCUUCACCGGCUCAGGGCCAUCAGUUGUGGCAAUUUCUUUGGAGCUACUGAUGGAUAAGACGUGUCAGGCAUUUUCGUGGACUGGCGAUGCUGGAUCCUUCAAAACUAAUGAAUCCAUUCGACCUUUCCAGGUUGCUCGUCUGGGUAUACGCAAGAACAAGCAAAUGAACUAUGAAAAGCUCAGUCGUCUCCGUUAUUAUUACGACAAGAAUAUCAUCCACAAGACGGCAGGCAAGCGCUAUGUCUACAAAUUCGUUUGCGAUCUACAAACCUGAUUGGGUAACUACACGCCAGAAGAAUUGUGUGCAAAAUAUGACCAAACGGACAAGAAAGAUGAUGAUUAGAUUGCUGUUUGAGGGCUGAACGCCUAGGCGGUAGACUAAAGUUAGCUAUGACUACAGCAAC